AUGGCCACCACAAGCCGCAAACGCAAGGCUGACGAGGAUGGCGACGAGAUGUCGUUGUCCCCCCGAAGUUCCCCAUCCGCCUCAUCGAGACAACUGCAGCGCCCCUCAAAAAAGGUUCGCUCCAACGAGCUGGUCGGCCGACCGCUGUCGCUUCCCCGGAUGCUGGAAACCCUGGACCCGACAGCCGUACGAGCCCUCCUCGUGCGAAUCUGCGAGCGACACCCGGAAAUCGGCCAGGAAGUGAUCAGCAGCGCCCCUCGCCCGACCGUCGCUGCCGCACACGGCGUCUUGCAGGAGUAUCAGGAGAAGAUGAAGGCCGCCAUUCCCUACGGCGAAACUAGUGCCGACUACACAUACUACCGCGUCAAGGCCCCCCUGACGGCCCUCAUCGACGCCCUCCUCGAUUUCACCCCCCAGUACCUCCCGCCAAACGAAACCCAAACCACCGUCUCGCUGCAAUAUCUGGACGGUGCUACCAAGAUCAUCCACGCUCUCCCCGACUGGGAGCCCCAGCAGUACCGACACCACAAGGAGAAUGCAUACGACGAGAUCUCCAAGGCCUGGGCCUUGGUCAUCAAUGAGGCGGCCAAGCGUGGCGGCGGUCUGAGUCUGCACACGGGAGGAUGGGACCAGACCCUGGCGAAACACCACGAGAUCUCAGGCGGACGUAUGGGCACGGCUAUGAACUCGAUGGCCACGAGUGUCAGCUGGAUGGCACAUGGGGGCUCCUCGAACGGACAGCAGCCUGGAAACCCAUCGUCGGAUCCGAACUCGAUUCUCAACCAGCUCAUGUCCGGCACGUACGGUGCACCCGUGCGUGUCGGGCCUUGGUAG